CCUCUACAGAUGCUUCCUCAAAUGCGAGUGCUUUUGUUUGGCCACUCUCCUUCCCGCAAGUUCUUCAAUUAAUUGAUCAUUUUUUGUUUUGCUUUACCAUUACAGUAGAAGUGAGACGUUGCUCAAAACCCCCCCCAUUUCAAUAAAUUAGCUGUCACAAAGACAUUGUAGCCUACCUGCUUGUUCUCUCAUGUCCACUUCCCAUCGGGCAAGAAAGCCUGCUGUUGCAGGAAGAGACGACUCUGAAGACGAUCCAUACAACGAAUCAUUCAUCCUCUUUGGUACUGAAUUUCCAGAACCCACGGAAAAGCAACGACGACAGGGAAUAGAAGAUCCGGGUAAAUUCCAGCCUGUAUGGAAUCAGGAAGUCACCGAUGAGAAGGGUCGCCGACGUUUCCAUGGCGCCUUUACAGGUGGCUUUUCAGCAGGUUAUUACAACACAGUCGGUUCUAAAGAAGGCUGGCAGCCGUCGACGUUUAUUUCGUCCCGCAGCACUCGACAAGAACAGAAAGGAGCCCGACCAGAAGAUUUUAUGGAUGAGGAAGACCUGGAAGAAAUUGCUAAUGCACGUAAAUUGGUGGCUACCGAAGAAUUCGAUCUGCUGGGUGGAACUGAACGUGAGCUAUCGAGAAAGCGGGAAAUGGAUCAGCUGGCAGAGAAAGAAGGUGGUAUCCUUGGAGCACAAGCUUUUCAAGACUUUGUCGUUCCUUCAAAAGAUCCCAUCGGUGUCAAAUUACUGCGAAAGAUGGGUUGGCGACCUGGUCAAGGCGUAGGAGCAAGAAUCAGUGCAGCAAAGCGACGAAAACUAGUAAUGGAGGAAUCCGAUCAGAGCGAUGAAGAACUGGAUGCUGACGUUACGUUUGCCCCCCGCGAUUCUGCCAUCAUUGUUUUUGCUCAAAAACGUGAUACCUUUGGACUAGGUUUUGACCCUUACAAAAAUGUACCUGACAUUGCUAAUGUCAAGCGUGCACGCGCAGAAAGAGCAAACAACGAGUCUAGUGGAAAAGAUUCCGGUUACAACAAAGUCGGGUUCGGCGUUGGCGUCUUGGAUGAUGAUGGCGACGACGACGAUGUGUACGAUAAUGCCUCGAACAAUUAUACUACGGAGUUAUAUGAUACUGGAUUUGACGAAGAGGAACAUAUCACGAUCGGAAGAGGUCUGAAAAAAGCUUCUCAUACCUCGCAGGCGAGAAGACACAAGGAGAGUCGCCAUAGCUCGAAGCGUGUUGGAUUUGAUGGUCGUGUCCCGAUCUCAGGAUUCGAGCACGGAGCGAACGAUGUAUUACAGGAAAAAUGGUUUCCACCACCCCAAGUUCCAGCUAAUUUUAAGCCAGUUCAUGUAUUUAGCGAGCCAGGGCCAAAGCCUGAGAAAAAAGACAUCGCUGUGGAAAUGGUAGGUCACCAAAAUCGGCCAGACUUGUCGUUUGAAGAACGAGGAAGUCUCCUGGGAGAAAAACCCAUCGAGCCCCGAUCAGUUUUCGACUACGUUUCUUCAAGAUCAAAGGAUAGGCUCGACAACUUGUUGUCCGGCAUUACCGCAAGCGUGUCCAACGAAGAUAGAAGUCGAUUAAAUAACAUACCGAAGGUUGACAAGAAGGAUGCCAUGAAUGCCCUUCGAGGAUUUUUACCCUUUGGCGAAAAUAUCAAGAAGCAAGCACGAUAUCGCACAUACUUGGAAGGCCAAGCUGGAUUAUUGAAUGACGAUGGGUCCCCUGUUGUCUCCAUGGACAUACCAGAAGGACUGACAUACGACGAAGCCCACAAAGAAUUGGACGAGUUUGUAAAGGCUGCUCGCAUUUUUCGUCCCAUCAGUGCCAUGAUGAGCAGUCGCUUUACCAGUGCCAGCCCUGCGAAUGCCACACAAAUACAGGGCAGCGAAGGUGGCUUGAGGACUGAAUCAGAAUGGAAAAAGGAAAAAGAUGAACGCGAAAAGAGGGAACAGCAGCAAAAGGAACAUGCACCAAAAACAGAAUCUCAAGAAGCUCAAGCAGCUGCUAUGAAGAUGUUUGGAAAACUUACGCGGACCACCAAACUAUUUUACCCUUCACGCCUAGUGUGCAAGAGAUUCAACGUAAAGAACCCUCAUCCUGAUCAUCAAGGUGAUGAAGCCUCCAGCCGACGAACACAAGCUGGUGGGAAACAACCCUUAAGCAAAGAAUCCGUCAAAUCCAUAAUGAACAAUAAUACCCUUGACGACUUUACCACCGAUAUCGCCAAUGAUCCUCUUAUGCAAACAGUCAUACCAAAACCAUCCGAACGUGCGCAACAAGAAGCGCCAGCUGCUCAAACUACAGAUAUUGCGAAUGCGGUUGUCAGUGCCACCAAUAAUGCUCAGGAAGUGAAGGAGGAACCUCCACUGGAUUAUGAACGACCGUCCAUGGAUAUAUUCAAAGCUAUCUUCGAAGACAGUGAUGAUGAUGAGGACGAAGAGGAAGGUCUUGGUGAGAUUGAACCUACUUCCAUGGCUGUUGAUCAGCCUCGGGAUGCCAAUAUAACGAGGACCAAAAGCGAUGAAGAUGAUGAUAUGAUCGGGCCAACCUUACCGCCACCACCUGAAGAAGAGGCAAAGCCAGUCUUUCGACCUAUGUUUAAGAAGCGAAGCCGACAGAAGGAUGACAGCGGCUCGUCAAGACCAGUACAUGCCGGGCCCAUGUCGUUCAUCAGUACCGAAGAGCACAUAGUUGAACCGUUUAACCCAAGUAGCUCAGAACGCAAGAGCCGGGAACAUAAAAGGUCGAGACACGAUGACUCUGAUCAACACUCCGACGAACGCAAGCGAUCUUCAAGUCGGCAUCACAGGAAGGACUCAAAGAAGAAGAAAAGAAAAAGCGAUCGGGAGCGCAGUCGCAGCAGAGAAGGACGACAACAUAAAAAGAGUAAAAAACGACGACGGUCCGAUGAUGAGAUAGACCCAGAUGAGAUUGCUGAAAGACUGGUGUAUGAUGAUAGUUUAUGGGUUGAAAAACCAAGCGCCAAACCUAUGGGCGAAUCUCACAGUAGUAGAGCACGACCAAAGGCAUACGACAUGUGGUAAUAUCAAGAAUAAAAUCGUCUAUUACGUUUUUUUGC